GAGAAUUCAGGUUAUAAAUGAAUCGAAACGAACACCUAAUAUGGAAUACGGUCACCAUUUAUGUAUAGUCAAUGAAUUUAUUAUCGAGAACCACCUGAGCAAUGUUUUGGUUUCGAGGGGCGCUGAUGUGGCUAGGCGCCCUUUGCUACGUGGCCGCACCCAGUCCAGAUUUGUGGAAGUGUCCCGACAUUAACCAGGAGCCGAUCGUCGAAUGUAGCUGUGACAUGCCGCAUACGCUUAGGUGUACAGGCGACCGAUCGGCUCUUGAAGUUAUUGGACGGACGCUACGUUCAUUAGAUUCCGCAUCGGUAUCCUUACUUGACUGUACAGUACAGAACCUAAGUUCACUUCCCGGAUCCCUACUGGAGGGAGUAGCCCUUCACGGUCUAGUCAUAUCAUCUGGGGAAAUAACCGACAUUCACCAAACAGCCUUCCAAGGACUAGCAUCCCCACUUCAAGCCUUGGGACUUCCUAACAAUCAACUUACCUCAAUACCCACGCUCGCUCUAAAGUCGCUACCCGAACUCGACCGCCUCGACCUAUCCGGUAAUAAACUACGAAUUCUCGAUGCGGAGUCAUUUAAGGGUCUCUACAACCUUUCCUUCGUCGAGCUGAGCAACAACGUUCUAACCAAAAUCUUUCCGACCACAUUUUCAAAGCUCCCGCAGCUGCGAACGCUACGACUACGCGGCAAUCGUCUCUCAAUCGCGGCCUUAUCAAAAUUAGACCAAAUAUCUACGGUCGAAGAAAUCGAUCUUUCGGCGAACGCGUUCGUGGGCCCCAUCGACUCCCGCACAUUUCCCAAGAUGCAAUCCCUGAAGUACCUGCAGCUCGCUCACAAUUCGUUUACCAGCAUUAAAAUGGGAUGUCUGGAGGGAUUGGGGAAUUUGACCGUUCUCUCCCUUCAACAUAACCAAAUUGACGUUAUCGAGGAUCACGCCUUCAUCUACAUUUCGAGGAUAAUCGAACUGGAUUUGUCACACAACAGGAUCGUUGCGGUUUCCGGCGCGUCUUUGGCGCACUUACUGUCGUUGAACAACUUGGACUUAAGGCACAAUUUUCUUCGAGCUUUAACGGCCGAUUUAGUUCAGCCGCUGAAGAAAUUGCAGAACCUUAGACUGGACGACAACGAUAUAUCGAUUGUUGCCAGUGAUGCAUUGAAGACUGGUAUCGUACUUCGGAGGUUGACCUUAUCUGAAAACCCACUUAAUUGCGAUUGCAGUCUCUCGGAGUUCGCACUAUGGCUCGCUAACUCAUCUUUGACCAAGGAAGACAAGGGUAGUGUGGUCUGCACUACGCCUCCCACCUUGGAAAACGGACUGUUGGUGGAUAUUCCUAAUAAAGACUUGCUGUGCGGGGAGGACGAGCAAGAUCCGGCAGUUACGUCCAAUUCUGCCCCCGUCAAGGCGCACAUUAAUCUUCAAAAUUUUUAUUACGAUGGCGAUCAAAUUACUCUGCAGUGGAACGUCGAGGAGAGGGCACUUCCGUAUAUGUGCGAUGCAAUCUUUGUCUACGAGGAGGAAGGCCCGAACGAAGUCCUGCACGAGUCGACGCCCUUGAAGUGCAACUCGUCGCAGCUAGACGACCCGAAGGUACUAAACGUUACUGUACCAAACUCUUCCCAGUUAGUGGAAGGGCGCAAUUACCGCUACUGUGUGGUACUGCUCGAGUCUGCCUUUAGCUCGGACGACCUUUCCUUGGUACUGGGCUGCUCCGACGUUAUGCCUUUGAAAACGCACGUCGAGAUCAACACCACGGAGGGUACAGUCACGAAUUCGCCCAACGUAACGGCGAUAUUCGCGUCGAUUAAACAGGACGGUUUAAAAGUUGCUGUUGUCGUGAAACCUAAAUACAGUUGCGAACUCGACGUCGCCGUAUUUAGGAACAGUGGGUUACUCGCCCAGAAGAGACUCAGUUGUGACUCGCCGGUGCACGUGUUCGAAGGAUUCUGUGAUAACUCGUACAAAGUUUGUGCCCAUAUCGUGCAAGCUAGUGUGACGAAACCUACGUGUAUUAAAGUGAUCGAAAGUGCGGUACCAAAAGUGUUCGACAUUAGUAUGAUCGGUUUAAUAUUAAUUUUAUUGUCUUUGACUACCGGAGUUUCCUUUGUGACGAUCGUCUGGGUUUUGUUUAAAAACUCGAGGGCGAAAACUAGUACUCAUCAGUGUUUUUUACCGCCGGAAGGGGAAGAACAGCAACAUAACAAAUAUAUCAAACUACAAGCCACCACGAAGCUUUAGGAAUAAGUGUUAACGUAAUUUUAGUUAAUGUUAUUAUUUGUGCCAUAAUUUUUGUUUAGUUUCCACUUUUAUAACAAGUUACAACGUAUAUGAUACCGAUUUGGACCAUUUUUGACUGCUGCGCACAAUUUCAUUAGGUCUAAAAACUUUUAUUUUUUACGUUUUUGUAUUCUAGUCAUACGAUGCCGAUAAUCGUAAGUAGCGCUCAAAAUAUAGAUCAUAUUUUGAUAGCAGGAAGGUGUUUUCACAUUGUCUCUCAUUCUGGAGAGGAGUUCUUGAACAAAUCUGAAAUCUCGAUUCAGUGAAAACCAGAGGCUUACAACGAGACUAUUGCUCCACGAACGAGGUGAGUUAUUUUUUAGCCAAAUAAUGACAAAAGGUUUGAACAAAUUCCACAUUCCACAUUCCUUUGAAAGUGAGAAUAGGUCUUCUAAGAUUUGGUUUGGAGUAACAGUUAAGCACUAAACUUGGGGAAACUUAUUUUAAGAGAAGGUACUAUCAUGUUAUAUUGUCGUUUUUUUUGUUUUGUGCUUAUAUUUUGGAUCUACCAUUUUUCUUAGCAAUUCAAUAUCAGUGAAAGGUCAUUUUCAACAGAACCGGAAGCUGCAAUGGUAAAAAUUCCAUUCAAUUCAAAAUUGUUUUACAAAAAUGGAACCUCUUAAAAGCCAGCUAACCCAAUUAAAUACUAACAGCUCUCCCAUAGAAAAAAUUGGCAAUUAUGAUUUUGGCUGACAUAAACAUUACAAUUUUACGUAGAACUUAAAACUGAAAUAGUACCUAUAUAGGGUGUUUCCUUUAAAAUAAGCAAGUGGGAAUAAACUUCCGGUGUAACCGGAAAUGUCACCAACUGGAAGAUAAUUUACAUGAAUACUUCUUAUUCACAAAUUUUCAAAAUAUUCUGAGGCAUUCGUCGAAAAACACCUUGUACCUUGCCUUGUAUAUAACAGAAUUUUUCAUAUUCAAUAUGGAACUUGGGAGAGACAACCAGCAUAUUAUAGUAAAACUAUAUUAUUGUGUAAUGAUUUAUGAAAUCAUAGUUUCUAAAAUAUGCAUUUAUGGGAGAAAAUUGAAUAACAUUAUCUGUAACUUGCGAAAGCUAUGGGCAAUGUGCUUACCAAAAACCGAACAGUAACCUGAGCUUUGAAUACUUAUAGAUGUAUUUUACAAUCAAAGCUUGAGACACGGUAAUUAAUUAUUCGAUUUGGAAUGAUCAAAUUAAUUGUGCACAGCACCAAAAUCCAAAAAUAAAGUGAAAGUGCAUAACUCCUAUACCUAGGUACGUAACACGUAUUUAUUAACGACCUUUGUGUUUAUUUCUAUGUGUGUAUAUAGUUGUUAAUACAUAACAUGUCGAUUUGUAACUGUACAUAUAAUUGUAGUGUACAUAUUUUUUCCAUAACAUGUAUUAUAGAAGUAACCAUUGCUUAUUUACAUCUUUGUUGUUAUUUUGCUGUCAUUAAAGAUUAAA